AUGGCCAAGGAAACACCCUUGCUCCCUACUACGGAGCCAAAACAUCCUGCCACAGGGAACAAGCAAUCCGCGACCGAAAAGAAGGCGACGCUCCUCGAACGCAUCGCGAAAAACCGACUGUCAAUCUUUUUUACCGUCUGCGCCCUAUCGACUGCGUUCAUUCCGCCGUCCUGCGCCUUCUUUUUCUGGGCCAAGUCCUUCCCCGAGCCGUACUUCGACGCUACAUUAUGGGCUGUCCACGGCUUCUUGAUCUCCCAGCUGCCCAUGGCAACCUGGAGCAUUGCGGGCGUGCUGUCGACCGAGAAUAAAAUCGCCGUCUUCUCUAGUGCGCGAUAUACAGUCCCUUCCUCCAUCGUCCGAGGUGUGAUGGUAGCGCUGUCUAUGGCUUCGUUCCUGCAUUGGCAUACACUCUUCAGCCAUAGCCCGCUGCACAGCAGAUUGCACGAUGCAUCGAUACUGGCAUGGUGCUUCCUUGCGGUGGUGUUCCUGCCUCGAGACCGAUGGUUACUGGUGGCGAAGGCGUUGUUUCACGUAACAGCAGCCGUCUUCUUUAUUUCAGUGUGUCUGAAGAUUAAAUACGAGACCGUUUGUCGGUCGGGGGUGGCUGAGGUCAAUGAUAUCCAUUCUGAAUAA